GAAAAAGUUCCAUCUCCCUAGGUGCAAGUUCCGGGUAAGUAAAUAAGUAAUGAAUCCUCUCCCACUGAACUCUUCAGUGUCAGAGCGAUAAAAGAACCCGCCACUGCAGAAUUGUUUGCCGGAUUCUUUCAUCGCCGGAAAGCUUGUGGUCUUUCUACACCCUACCCUACAUGCACAUGUACAAACCGUCUAAUUUCUAAACGAGACUUUCCCUCCCUGAUUCACAGAUUCACACUCGCUUUUCCUCGCGCAAAGUCAAAAAAAUGAGUAGCUCCGAACAAACCAACCCGAACCCGAUAACCCAACAGCAAGAACUAGACCAAGGAGAAGAAGAAGAAGUGGGCAAAUUGGCCGUCCGGUUGGCAAACGGGGUGGUCCUUCCGAUGGUUCUGAAGUCGGCGCUCGAGCUCAACCUCAUCGAGAUAAUCUCAGACGCGGGCACCGGCGCGUUCCUCUCACCUUCCGAGAUCGCGGGCCGGCUGCCCACCAAGAACCCGGACGCGCCGGUUCUGCUGGACCGGAUGCUACGCCUCUUGGCGAGCUAUUCCAUACUCAAGUGCUCGCUCGUGACCAGAGAGGACGGAGAGGUUGAGAGACUCUAUGGCGUAGGACCUAUUUGCAAGUUCUUUGUUAAGAACCCACAUGGGGGCUCCGUCGCUCCUCUGUUCCUGUUGCACCACGAUAAGGUCUUCAUGGAGAGCUGGUACCACUUGAAUGAUGUUAUUCUAGAAGGGGGGAUUCCUUUCAACAGGGCCUAUGGGAUGACAGCGUUUGAAUACCCAGGAACAGAUCAAAGGUUCAAUCGGGUAUUCAACCAGGCCAUGUCAAACCACACUACCUUGAUCAUGAAGAAAUUACUCGAUGUGUACAAAGGGUUUGAAGGCCUUAAAGUGUUGGUUGAUGUGGGCGGUGGGAUUGGAGUUACCCUUAACAUUAUCACUUCCAAGUAUCCUCAGAUUAAGGGCAUCAAUUUUGAUCUGCCUCAUGUUUUAGCUGAUGCACCUUCUUAUCCAGGUGUGGAGCAUAUUGGGGGAGAUAUGUUUGAUAGCGUUCCAGAAGGAGAUGCCAUUUUCAUGAAGUGGAUCCUCCAUGAUUGGAGUGAUGAGCAUUGCUUGAAACUUCUCAAAAACUGCUGGAAAGCUCUUCCCAACUCUGGAAAGGUGAUCAUUGUGGAAUCAAUUCGUCCUGUGGCUCCUGAGAGUAGUGUUUCGGCAAAUAUCGUCUUUGAGCAAGAUUUGUUUAUGUUGGCUCAAAACCCAGGAGGAAAAGAGAGGACUCAAAAAGAGUUUGAGGCAUUAGCUUUUCAAUCUGGAUUUUCUGGCUGUGAGGUCAUAUGCUGUGCUUACAACAGCUGGGUUAUGGAGUUCCACAAGUGAGCCUAUCCUUAAGUUGCUAGAAUAACUCUUUUCUUUUAUUUUGCUAUUGCUACCGGUAGCUCAAUUAUGUUGUUGUAAUAAUAGAAGUUUUCUGCCAUAUAUUAGUUCUAAAAAAAAUUCUGCCAUA